AAGCAAACACCAGAAUUACUGAGAUGGAAACCACAAAAAUGAAUCCAAGUGAGUUAGAAGAAGAAACACUUGUUACCGUCCGUGAUGAGGAAGUUGAACAGCUUAAGAAAAGUCUUCCUAAGGAAUUUUUCAUGAACAAGCUUGAAUUGAUUAAAUACCAAGGCUUCUGGUAUCUUGCUGAUACUGAUUUGUUCAAGAGUACUCUAAUAUUUCAAAGGCACUUUCGUGCUAGGGACAGUGAUCUAAUUGUUGCGAGCUUCCCUAAAACCGGUACCACUUGGUUGAAAUCUUUGCUGUUUAGUGUUGUCAAUCGUUUCAACCACCCUAAUAACCAAAGCCCUUUGCUUACUAAUCAUCCACACGAGCUUGUAUGCCGCCUAGAGAACGAUAUCUAUGGCAACGCCUUUGAUUACCCACGCCCUCAACAUCUUAGUCAGCUACCUUCUCCAAGACUAUUCCACACCCACUUGCCCUACUCUACUCUUCCAGAAUCAAUCAAGUUUUCUGGGUGUCGGAUUUUGUAUAUUGCUAGAAAUCCAUUGGACACUCUUGUGUCAAUCAUGUACUUCGCUAUGAAGCCGCUAAAGAUGCUAUUGGGGGAUGAUUUUCAGCUUCCUAGUAUUGAGGAUUACUUUGAGGAAUUCUGUGCUGGGAGGAUUGCUCAUGGUCCUUUCUUUGAGCAUGUGGUUGAAUAUUGGAAACAGAGUUUAGAGCAUCCAAACAAGGUGUUGUUCCUCAAGUAUGAGGAUUUGAAGGAGGAUCCAACACUUGAGCUAAAAAGAGUUGCGGAAUUUGUUGGUAUGCCGUUUUCUCCUGGUGAGGAAAGUGAAGGUGUGAUCAAAGAAUUAGAAGAGAUGUGCAGCAUCAACAACCUCAAAGGAUUGGAAGCUAAUAAAAGUGGAGUCAUCAACAAGAUCUAUGAUAAAAAGAGCUAUUUUAGGAAAGGAGAGGUGGGGGAUUGGACCCAUUAUAUAACACCUGCUAUGGCGGAGAGGAUGAAUAAAUUAAUGGAAGAAAAACUUAAGGAUACUGGUUUAUCAUUUCGAUUACUUCCUCACUAAUCACUAGCUUGUUGAUUGUUGAUUGUUAAGCUAUGAGUAUAAGUUAUUCCCUUUGUUCUUAAAUAAAUGCAACGUUUGCAGUUGAUGUGUCUUUUCUUUUGCUGUUGUUUCUCGUUUACAGUAUACAAGGGUUGUAUAAUUGUAUUGCUGUUAAUAGAUAUCUUGGGCAGUUCAGUUCU